CACGUCAGACAAAUACACAGGAACCUUUUACAUCGGCAUAUCCAAAGACAACACAAGCUUCAACAGAAACUAUUUUGACAACAGAAACACAUUUAACAACACCAAUCUCAAAGGAAACGGAGCCUCCAUCAGUAACCUACCCACGCACAACAGAAGGCUCAUCCACAACAGAAUUUUCCUCACCAACACCGAAUGGUAGACAGGCAUCAGCAGCCACAUUGUCCACAGCUGAAACACGGUCAGAAACGCAGGAAUCAAUAAGAACGGAGCAUUCAACACAAACCAAUGCAAACACGACACAGAAUUCUUCAGAAAGUGUGACUGUUUCAGAACCACAUUUUACAACGCAAUUUUCAGUCACAACACAUUCCUCAUCGGAAUCAUAUUCCACAUCAGUGAAAGCUUCCUCAACAACAGAACCUUCAUCAGAAUCACAUCCUACAAUAGCAGCAUCCACGAUGGCCACAUCCUCUCUGGAAACAACUCCAAAAACCCAGCAAUCUUCAAGAACUGAACUAUCAUCACAAUCCAAUCCAAGCACAACCAAUGUUUCAUCAGUCACUGAGUCCUCUUCAGAAACACAUUUAACAACAUCAAGUUUAUCACAGGUAACUGAGUCCUCAACAGAAACAUACUCCAGUUCGACGCCGGUUUCAUCAAAAACUGAAUCACCCUCAGAGAGCCAUCAGACCACAGAAGUGCCUUCAAGCUCCUUGUCCUCAUCAAAAACACAUCCAACAACAUUACAGGAAUCAUCAUCAACAGAGCUUCCAACAACAGCAUAUCCAACAUUGACAUCUGCUUCAUCUGUUAGUGUGUCCCCAUCUGAAACCCACCUAACAACAACACCACUAUCAUCGCCAACUCAGUCCUCAGCAGAGACCUAUCCAACAACACAAACAUCCACAAACAAACCUUCAUCAGAAACACACCCGACAACAGUGGAAUCGUCAAGCACACAGCAUUCAACGCAAACACAUCAAAGCUCAACAGAAGUUUCAUCAGUCACUGUGUCGCCAGUUGAAUCCCACUCCACAAGCUCAUCAUUUUCAUUGGUUACUCAAUCCCCAUCAGAAACACGUUCAACAUCUGCACAAGCAUCAGUGACAACUGAAACUUCAUUGGAAUCCCAUCCAACUACAGAGGCAUCUCGAAUCACAAUGUCCCCUUCAGAAAGACAGCCAACAGCACAUGAAUCAUCAAGUACAGAGCAGUCAACACAAACUCAUGGAACAACAUCAGAAAUUCCCUCAGAAAGUGCGUCCUCAUCAAAAACCCUCGCAACAGCAACAACGUCACCUUUGGUCACUGGGAGCUCAGCGGUAACUUAUUCUCAAUCAUCGCAAAUCACAUCCUCCAACAAAUCUGCAACAGUAUCACAUCCAACUACAGAAGAAUCAUCGAUCACUGUCUCCUCACCUGAAACACGUCAGACAAAUACACAGGAACCUUUUACAUCGGCAUAUCCAAAGACAACACAAGCUUCAACAGAAACUAUUUUGACAACAGAAACACAUUUAACAACACCAAUCUCAAAGGAAACGGAGCCUCCAUCAGUAACCCUACCCACGCACAACAGAAGGCUCAUCCACAACAGAAUUUUCCUCACCAACACCGAAUGGUAG